AUGGGAGAGAAAACUGGACAGAAAGCUUCUGCAGAACAGGUAGCAAAGGACAUGUGCAAUGUGAGAACUUAUGAUAACCAAAGGCGUUUUGGAAGGGAAGAAUGGCUUACAAAAUUGCAAGUCCGAGGAUUCUUUUCUCGCUUGGCAUCUUUGAGAAGAAAGCAGGGUUGGCAUGGGGCUGACACAAGUGAAGAGGAUAAUGAAGGUGACGAAGUUGGAGAGCAACGCCAUGUUGUUCAAGAGGUGAUAGAGAAUCUGGGCUUAAAACACCCAUUUAUAUUUGUUGUUUACAAUCUUUGUCAAUGUUACCAUAGCAACAAGUUAUCAUUUUUCAAUGUCAGUACCCUAAAAGACAUGUGCCGGUAUUUUGAAAUACCCUACAAAUCUAGAGUUCUAAAAAGAGGCCUCUUAGAUAAGGUUUCAGAACUUGUACAGGAAUGCGAGUGCAGCAAAAAGUAA